AUGUCCAAGUCCGAGGCUGACCUCAACCUCCAUAUCAAAAAGGCUACCAGCCCUGACGAAACAGCUCCCAAGCGCAAACACGUCCGCGCGUGCUCUGUUUACACAUGGGAAAAACGCUCUGGCCGCGCCUUUUGGGCCGGUAUCAAAAUUCAACCUAUCCAAUCGGAUCCUGUUCAAAUCUUUAAAGCUCUCAUCACCAUUCAUAAGGUCCUCCAAGAAGGUCAUCCAAGUGUCUUGCGCGAGGCACAGACAAACGUUAAUUGGAUUGAGUCCUUAGCACGAAAUCUUCCUCCUGGAGGCCCUCGCAGCGGUGGCUAUGAUCGUCUGAUUGAAGAAUACGUUCGUCUUCUUGUUCGUAAACUUGAAUUCCACCGCAUGCACCCAGACUUUAAUGGCACCUUUGAGUACAAGGAGUAUAUUUCUCUUCGAAACAUUGACGAUCCCAAUGAAGGUUAUGAGGCAAUUAUUGACUUGAUGAACCUUCAAGACUCUAUCGAUGAAUUUCAGCGCAUUGUGUUUGCAUCUAUUCAACGUUCCCCUUCAAACGAGUGCAAAAUUUCAUCUCUCACUGCUCUUAUUGCUGAGUCCUAUGGAAUUUACCGCUUCCUCACUACUAUGAUUCGUGCAAUGCAUGCUACAACAAACGAUGACGAUGCUCUCGAACCUCUUCGUUCUCGCUACUACUCUCAGUACAACCGUUUGCUCAACUUUUAUUAUGACUGCUCUAGUCUUAAAUACCUCACCAGUCUUAUCACCAUCCCCAAUCUUAGCCCUGACCCUCCUAAUCUUUAUGGAGAGUUUGACGAAGACGACGAAAAUGCACCCGCUCUUCCUCGUCGUCCUGGAACUGCUGGACCUCCUGAAGAUAAUACCCCCAUUUCCACUGCUGCAACUACUCCAGCUCCAAUUUCCCAGCAACCUACGGGUGCAGUCCCUCCUGAGCCUGUUGUUGACUUUUGGUCUACUCAGGCUGGCCAGCAGCAACUACUUCAACAGCAGCAACAACAACAGCUUCUCCAACAACAACAAUACGAAGAAGAACAACGUAAUCUUCAGGCCCAACGAGAUGCUGAGAUUCAACAACAACAACUUCUCCGUCUUCAACAACAACAACAGUUUGAAGAGCAACAGCGUGCACAGGCUGAACAGCAACGUCUUGCUCAAGAAGCACUACUUCGUGAUCAGCUUCAACGUCAAGCCCAAGGCCAUGCUGCAGAACUCGAGCGUGAAAUUCUUAAUCUUCGCGGCCAGCUUGAACGCAACCAACUCAACUUGGAACAAUAUGAUCAACGCGUCAAAGCUCUUGAAACAGAGCUCCAACAGCUUAAUUCCAACAGUGCUAUGCAACUUUCUUCAAAGGAUGAGAUGAUCAAAUCCGUUCAGGACCAAGUUGAUACUUGGAAAAAUAAGUACGAGGCCCUUGCCAAGCUCUACUCACAACUGCGCCAGGAGCAUCUUGACCUUCUCACCAAGUUCAAAAAGGUUCAAGCUAAAGCUGCUUCUGCUCAAGAAGCCAUUGAUAAACGCGAGAAGCUUGAACGUGAUCUCAAAGCCAAAAAUAUUGAGCUUGCAGAUCUUAUUCGUGAGCGUGACCGUGCUCGCUACGAUCUCGACAAGUCUCGUGGUUCCAAUAAAGACCAGAUUGAAAAAUUGGAACGUGAUCUUCGUAUGGCCACAGACAAGCUCAAUGAUUCAGAGCGUUCUAAGGGGGCUGACCUUUCUCUUAUGCUUGCAAAGCACAACCGUGAACUUUCUGAGCUUGAAGAGGCCAUUAAGGCCAAACAAAAGAUUAUUGACAGUUAUGGAAGCCGCUCUAUUGACGACGGUGAGCUCAAGGACAAGCUGCAAGAAAAGGAAGAUGAGCUUGAAAUUCAACAGGAAAUGUACCAGGCUUUGACCCAAGCCUUUGAGAAAAUGGCACUUGAAAAACAAAAUGGCAAUGGGGCCCCCUCUUUGCAAUCAAUUGCAGAUAUUAUUGAUGCAAUUCUUAAGUCCUCUUCUGAUCGCAUUCAAGAUUCUCUCUUUGAACUUGAGUCUCCUAUGCAAGCUGGCAACCAAAAUGCCACUCCUCAGUACCUUCUUUCUGUUAUCGAAAAGGCCUCCUCUUCGGUAUUUGACUUUACUGAUGCCUUUACUGAUUUCAUGGCUGCUGAAGAUCCUGCAGAUGUUGAUAAUGCCAGUAUCAUUAACUCAAUAACUCUGUCUACAACUGCAAUUAUUGAAGUUCUGGGGAACUCAAAGGGUAUCACGCGUCUUGUCCGAGAUGACUCAGUUGCAGAUACGAUUGUCCAUAAUGCACAACAAUCUGCACACGCCCUUAAAGAAUUCUUUGUUGGCAUGAUUUCAUCCGGCCUUGCUAACCACUCCACCGAUGAUAAAAUCAACAUUAUUAUUCAGCACAACCUUCACGUACAAUCCGAACUCAAAAAACUUUCUGACCUUGCCACAACCCUUGCCCCCAAGAUUUCUUCGCACGGACCUCUCAACUCGGACAAUCUCGGCGAUGUUGUUGAACAAUCCAUGGCCAAGGCUGCCGAGGCUAUUUCCACCGCAAGCGCACGCCUCGCCCAGCUUAUGACAAAGCCUCGUGACCCGUCUUUCUCGGAGCUCGAAAUGACCAUUCACGAUGCUAUUUUAUCAGCGGCGCAAGCCGUCACCUCUGCCAUUGCUGCUCUUAUUCGUGCGGCUUCUGCAUGCCAGCAAGAAAUUGUGGCGCAAGGCCGGGGGUCAUCGUCACCUACAGCAUUUUACAAAAAACACAAUAGAUGGACUGAAGGUCUUAUUUCUGCAGCCAAGAGUGUUGCAGCUUCAACAAACGUGCUUAUUGAGACAGCAGACGGCGUGCUGAGCAAACAAAAUAGCCCAGAGCAGCUCAUUGUUGCCAGUAACGAGGUGGCCGCAUCUACAGCACAGCUGGUUGCUGCUUCGCGUGUCAAAUCCUCCUACAUGUCCAAAACACAGGAUCACCUUGAGCUGGCUAGCAAGAAUGUAACAAGCGCUUGCAAGUCAUUAGUCGCACAAGUUCAAGACAUUAUUUCCAAGCAGCAACGACAAGCCGAUGCCGACAAAGAUGUGGACUACUCUAAGCUUACUCCCCAUGUACUUAAACGUACUGAGAUGGAACAGCAAGUUGAGAUUCUCAAGUUGGAAAAUAUGCUUGGAAAUGCAAGAAAAAGAUUGGGUGAAAUUAGAAAAUUCAGCUACAUAGACGAUGAGGAUGAUGAUUGA